AUGUCCUCCUCUUUCCCAAACAAUCAGUCAGUCUCGUCAGCGCCUUACUAUACCUCACCACAAGCAGGUCAUCUUCGACCUGGUCAACCUCCACAAUCCCAUCCCAGUCCUAAUCUCGCCCCGAACUACGCGUACGGUUAUCAAAAUCAACAAGGAGGAAACAUACAAAACCUGAACGGUGGAGGUGAUCAACAUUACUUCACGCAUCAACCACAACCACCUACCGUGAAUUACAAUUAUACCAACCAACAACCACAACCUGAUUAUACCACUGCAUACCCUCAGCCCCAUCAACCGUACACACAAGCUCACGCACAGCAACGUAUCUAUUCGGUCUCUCCUCAGCCCCAGCCUCAGCUGUACCAAAAUUCUCCUUACUACCAACCUUCGCCUCAUCUUUCCGUAAGCCCCAUCACUUCAAAUUCGCCCGCACCAGCACCCAUCCCAUCUCGAUCCUAUCUCUCGCCCCAGCCUGUAUACCCUCGACCACCAUUCACCCCUCCAGCCGGCGGCGUAGACCCAUCUCUCGUCUGGUCUCAGCCCCCGCCUUCGCAAUCAUCCCACGCUUUCAACCCAUCACCGCAAUCAUUCACCAUUCCACCUUCAAACAUAUCUUCCGCACCUGUGUCUAGUUCUCCACGGAAGAUCAUCCUCAAAGUAGGCUCAAGAGCAGUCGCACCACAAGUGGACAUGGUAGGACAAGAAGAGACGAUGUAUACCGGUAGACCGAGAAGAGGAGCCUCCCAGAGAGCUCAAGCUCAGAUAGUCAGUUAUAGAGAAGAUGAUGAUGAUUUUGAGGAAGAUGGUCAAGGCGAAGAAGAUGCAGAAGGCGAAGAAGAGGAUGACGAGGUACCGGUAAAUCCAAUACCGAUCGUAUCGCUCAAACCUACUAGAUCAGGUAGGACAACAAAAGCACCAGAAAGAUAUGGGGAUGAUGAUGAUUUCGAAAACAAGUUGAUGCCUUCCAGUCCCCCCGAGAUCGAUCCCACUUCUAGAAGAACAAGUGGGAGAGCUAGAAAGAUGGUUAUGGAUCCGGAUGAUGAAGAUGAAGAGGAUUAUGUCCCCAAACCACCUCCUAGAAAUGCCUUCCCACCUAGAUCGACGAGAACUUCCCUAGGUUCAAUCAAUGCCGUUGAACCCCCUACGGCCGGUCCAUCAUAUACCAACGGGACCUCUAAACCUGCCAAGCGGAAUACUCGACAGUCCAGUCGUGUUAGACAUUCUUCAGCCGAUGCGGAGGAGUUCGAGCCUACAGAUGAUGGGAGUGUAUCGGAUGAACAUGCUUCGAGCGAUGCCUUAGGUAAUUACGAAGAUGAAGAGGAGGAAGAUGAUGAUUUGAUUUCGAGAUCAUCUCAAGAUUCACCUAGGAAAAGAAAACCUAAAUCUACAAGAAGAACCACAAGGUCCAUGCCGACUAGACGAAGUACACGGUCUACCAAUAAGCGUGCGGACCCAGAUUCGGAUGAUGAAUAUGGAGGAGGGGGAGGAAGAAGGAAUCUGAGAACUAGAACGUCGAAACCGAAUUAUCAUAUACCGACAUUAGAUGAUUUGAGUAAAGAGAUUAGUAUGGCUGAAGCUAUGGCUGCCGCUGCUAGACCGAACGGACGUCCUGCAGGUGUAGGUGGACUGAGCACUGGUGUGAGGUUUGGUGCGAGUGGAGGAAAUAAGGGAUUGCCAUGGAGUGUGAAAGGGAAAGAUCUCGCUCAGGCGAUGGGCGAUCCAGAUACCAGUGAUUCGGAUGAUUUUGCCUCUCCACUGAAAAGUGCUGGCGCGGGUGCUGGUGUUGGACCAUCUAUAUCUACUGCUGGACCUGUCCAGCGAACAAACGCUGUAGGACCUUCGGAUGUACCGAAUUAUGGAAGAAUCAAUCCUAAAUCAAAUAUGGCUGAUGCCGAUCCCCUGGGUGUUGAUAUGAAUGUUACCUUUGACAAUGUUGGAGGAUUAGAUGACCAUAUCGAUCAACUGAAAGAAAUGGUUGCUCUUCCUCUACUUUAUCCUGAGCUAUUCCAACAAUUCGGAAUCACUCCUCCUCGAGGUGUAUUAUUCCACGGUCCACCAGGUACAGGUAAAACGCUCCUCGCGAGAGCUUUAGCAGCAUCCUGUAGUACUGGGAAUACCAAGAUUGCCUUUUUCAUGCGUAAAGGUGCAGAUGUACUAUCAAAAUGGGUCGGUGAAGCCGAAAGACAGUUGAGGAUGUUGUUCGAAGAGGCUAGAGCGUGUCAGCCUAGUAUCAUCUUUUUUGAUGAGAUCGAUGGUAUUGCUCCUGUCAGGAGUAGUAAACAAGAUCAGAUCCACGCUUCUUUGGUAUCCACUCUUUUAGCCUUGAUGGACGGUAUGGACGGUCGAGGCCAAGUGAUUGUAAUAGGAGCAACAAACAGACCCGAUGCGGUCGAUCCUGCACUUCGUCGACCCGGUAGAUUCGAUCGAGAGUUCUACUUCCCCUUGCCCAACAAAGCAGCUAGAAAGAAGAUCAUCCAGAUCAACACUAAGAAGUGGGAUCCACAAUUAUCAGAUGAAUUCUUGGAGAAAUUGGCACAAUUGACUAAAGGGUAUGGUGGUGCGGAUCUACGUGCAUUAUGUACGGAAACUGCACUGAACGCUAUUCAGAGACGAUAUCCUCAGAUAUACAAGACCGCGGACAGGUUACAGCUGGAAACCAAAUCGAUAAAUGUGUCUGCGAAGGAUUUCAUGAUGUCUAUCAAAAAAAUCGUUCCUUCAUCUGCUCGAUCCACAUCCUCAGCGGCGGUUCAACUCCCCUCUCACCUCGUACCCCUUCUCUCAGCUCCACUAGAACGAAUUAGAAAAGCUAUAGAUCAUGUACUUCCACCUAGGAAGAACGCGACUGCUCUGGAGGAAGCUGAGUAUGAAGAGGAAGAAGGUGAUAGUUUUGAGAAACAUAUGAUGUUGCAGUCAUUGGACAAGCUACGCACAUUCCGACCUAGAAUACUCGUUCAUGGUGAAGCUGGUAUGGGUCAGACAUACCUUGGUCCUGCGAUUUUACAUCAUCUCGAAGGGUUCCAUGUGCAGAGUUUCGAUCUGGGCACUCUGUUAGGUGACUCGACUAGAUCAAUCGAAGCAGCUGUCGUGCAAUUGAUAAUCGAAGCUAAACGACAUCAACCUUCCAUCAUUUUUGUACCUUCUCUAUCAGCUUGGGAGACUACUAUAUCCGAUACUGCUCGAGCUACCAUCAAAACGCUACUAGAUGGUAUUUCGCCCUCUGACCCGAUUUUAUUGUUGGGUGUAUCGGAUGCGACUAUCGACCAGCUCCCGAUUGAUGUUAGAGGGUUGUUCGGCUUUGGGCCUGAGAACAGGAUAGGGCUGGAGAUGCCUACUAAGUCUGAAAGAACAGCCUACUUCGCCGACCUCAUGGCUGCUCUUCAUCGUCCACCGACCGAAUUCCCUGAUGGUAUGCCACGAAAGAAACGAGUUUUCGAGGUAUUGCCCUUAGCAGCCCCUCUUCCACCUCGUCAACCUACUGCUGCGGAAUUGCUAAGAGAAGAUGAGAAGGAUCAAGCUGCUAGAGAUAUGAUCUUCCAAUCGUUCGUUCAUCUCGUGAGAGAUUUCGUGAAGAGGUAUAGAAAGCCAGCUGCGACCAUUAAGGACGACGCUAUUGCCUACUCGAACUAUUUGGCGGAGCAAGCUGCUGCCAAGGCUGCUGCGCCUGCGCCUGCGCCAGUAUCCGAAGUUGCUGAAUCUGAUGUUGCCGCUGUGAUACCUACCACCGAUGGAGACGUGGCUAUGGCGAUCGAUCCGGUUAUUCCUCCUGUGGACAUAGUCAUUGACCCACUCCCAGCUGCCGACGCUCCUCUAGAGGCCGCCCCUCUAGAACAACCGACUGUUCCUGUGGAACCCGUAUGGCAAGCACAUCCUAUCGAUGUCGACACUUUGCAAUAUAAAUUGCUCAAACACAAGUAUUACACACCUUCGGAUUUCUUAAGUGACAUAGCCAAGAUUGAAGAGAAUGCUGAGAAGGUUGCUGAGCCUGACCGAAUGGGUAGGAUCCAGGAGAUGGCCAGUAGUGCUCGAUAUCAUGUUCAGGGCUUUGAUCAGAAAUGGUUGCCUGAAUUUGAGCGGUACAAGGAGAGGAUGAUCGCUAAGAAAGCUGAAAGGAAGAGGCAGAAAGAGCAAGCGAAGGGAGUAGACAAAGAGGUCAUUGCUAAUGAUGGGGAUGAACAGCAGCAGGAGCAGGUCCAUGGAGAAAUGGAAGGGGAAGGGUCGAGUUUAAAGAGGAUCAGAGAGGAUGAUCACGAUCAAGAUGAGAGUCAGGGUAGGGAAAAGAGAGUGAGAGAAGAUGGGAUGGAGGUGGAGGUGGAGAAUGGGAAUCAACCUCAACCUCAAGCUUCACACGAUGAUAGCUCCGCUACAGGUCUGACUGUGAAUGGCAACUCGAAUGGAGAUUCCUCAUCGAGCGAUGUAGUACCAAGUGUACCUCCACCUUCAGUGGCUCAUCCGCCAUUCAUCUUAUCUGACGAAUCUAUCCGGUCCCUUAAAUUGGAUUUGGACCUAAUUACCAGCACGUUCAAUGUCGAUCAGUUGGAACAACUUCGAGCAAGCUUGUUUGAUAUCAUCUGGAGAGGAAGGGGCGAGUGGGAUAGGACGGGUAUGGUAGAGAAGAUGAGAGAGAGGGUGGUAGAGUGGGGUCAAGAGGUAGAGAGAUGGAAGGACAGCGGGAGAGUGUGA